AUGCAUGCUUUGGAGAUUUGUGUGAUGGGAGAUUCAAGUGACGAAGUUGGUGAGGAAAGGUUUGGACACCAAAGUGUGCUUGCUCCUAAUGGCUUAGGAGCAAGGAACAGAAUAAUUUCAUUAUUGAAAAUAUUUGUUUCAGGAAACAGCUCAAGAUUCCCUCAACUGUCUCUUCAAACCCCAGAAGGAUGCAGCUUAUCUAGAGCUACAGGCUUUAUUAAAUUUAAUGUGUCAAAUUUCUUUGAUAAACUGGAAGAAAUACUCAAACGUCAUCCAAAUUUUGCUGAUGGAUCAGGUAUUUUCUGUCUUGAUGAAACUGGAACAACGGUGCAGAAGUCACAGAAGAUUUUGGCCGUAAAGGGUGUGAAACAAGUUAAGGCAACCAGUGCAGAACGUGGAACACUGGUUAUGACAUGUUGUAUUAUAAAUGCUCUCGCUAGCAGCCAACCCCCUAUCAUGAUAUUGCCACAUGUGAAUUUCAAAGAUCACAUCAUAUUAGGAGCACCUGCAGACACAUUAGGUCUUGCCAUUAAAGGAAGCUGGGUUAACUCAGAAUGUUUUGUGAAUGUCAUUCGUCGCUUCAUAAAGUUCUCUGCCAGCUCAAAAGCAAAUCCACCUUUGUUACUGAUGGAUAACCAUGAGAUCAUCCUCUCAAUAGAGGCAAUAGAUCUGUGCAAAGAUAAUGGGAUAACAAUUCUGACAAUUCCACCUCAUUGCACCAAUAUACUGCAGCCUCUUGAUGUCAGUGUCAUGAAACCUAUCAAUACCUUUCAUGAUGCUGCUGUAGAUACAUAG